ACGAAAUGUGGUGGCUUUAAAUAUUUAUUAUAAACUUCUCAUGAUACCGGUGUCAAAUGUAACAUUUAACUUGUCGUUGUUUAAGAAAGGAAAUGGUUAUCAGCCAUUUUUGUACAAUACCUCAGUUGACUUUUGCAAAUUCUCCAGAAAUACCAGACUCUAUCCGUAUAUGAAAAUAUUUUUUGACAGCUUACAAAACGUUUCGAAUUUAAAUCAUACAUGUCCUUAUGAUCAUGACAUUAUCAUAAAAGACAUGGUACUAAAGGAUUACAUGUUCAAAAAUGUCCCCUUUCUCAUCGGUGACUAUAUGCUGAAAUUAAAAGUUGCUGCCUACAAUAGAUGGAUAUUGACGGUUAAAGUCUACAUAAGUAUAUAUUUAUAAACAUUAAUUAAUU